AUGCCGCGACGCGCUGUGUCCCCAGCGGCAUCUGAGGCCGAAAUCGACAUCCUGGGCUCGCUGUUCACCGACGGACCGGACGAUGCGAACGAGAAGCCCGGCAAGGGUGGCGCACAAGAUGGCUAUAGUUUCGAUGCUGGAGAUCUUCUCGAUGCUGGGAGUGGUGAUGACGACGACGGGGACGAGGCAUUCAUUGCGCUGAAGCAAGCUGCUUCUUUCCGAAAGACGGGCAACCUGAAGGGGAACAGCAGCAAAAGCGGUGGUUUCCAGUCUAUGGGACUCAAUGCGAAUCUCCUCAAGGCCAUCGCCCGCAAAGGAUUCAAGAGCCCAACCCCCAUCCAGCGCCGAACAAUGCCCCUUAUAUUGGAGAAGAGGGAUGUCGUUGGCAUGGCAAGGACUGGAUCUGGAAAAACCGCUGCUUUUGUCCUGCCUAUGAUUCAACGCCUGAAAAUACAUAGCAAUAUGUUCGGUUCACGCGCUCUGAUUCUGAGUCCUUCAAGAGAACUCGCCAUUCAGACCCUGAGCGUUGUGAAAGAGUUCAGUCGGGGCACUGACCUCAAAUGUGUGCUGCUUGUCGGUGGUGACAGCUUGGAGCAACAGUUCGGCUCCAUGACUUCAAACCCCGACAUAGUAAUCGCCACGCCCGGUCGAUUCCUGCAUCUGAAGGUAGAGAUGAAUCUCUCACUCUCCUCGAUACAGUAUGUGGUCAUCGAUGAAGCGGACCGUCUCUUUGAAAUGGGAUUUGCGGCCCAGCUUACGGAGAUCUUGCACGCCUUGCCAGCUACACGGCAGACUUUACUGUUCUCUGCAACUCUGCCUACCUCCCUGGUCGAAUUCGCCCGAGCCGGGUUGCAGGACCCAAGUCUUGUCCGUCUAGAUGCAGAAACGAAAAUCUCGCCUGAUCUCCAGUCGGCCUUCUUCAACGUCAAGGGUGCUGAGCGAGAAGGUGCACUUCUCCACUUGCUCCAAGAUGUUAUCAAAAUGCCCACGGGCUUGCCAGCUGGUGCCGAACCAGACUCUACAGGAAAGCCGUCGAAAAAGAGGAAACGAGGACCCGAUGCGCCUAAGGAGAAGCCAACUGAGCAUUCGACUAUCAUCUUUACUGCCACGAAACACUCCGUGGAGUAUAUACAAACGCUACUUCGACAAGCAGGAUAUGCGGUCUCAUAUGUCUAUGGUUCUUUAGAUCAAACAGCCAGGAAAGAGCAGGUUGAGAACUUCAGACGGGGACGCUCCAACAUACUUGUUGUCACGGAUGUAGCCGCAAGAGGAAUUGAUAUCCCAAUUCUAAGUAAUGUCAUCAACUAUGACUUUUGCCCCCAACCGAAGAUUUUCGUACACAGAGUAGGCAGAACGGCUCGAGCAGGACAACGAGGUUGGAGCUACAGCCUGAUCAGAGAGAUUGAUGCGCCCUAUCUACUCGAUCUCAGCCUCUUCCUAAACAAGAGGCUGGUACUUGGUAAAGAGAACAAGGAGACUCCGAACUACGCACAAGACAUGAUAGUCGGUGCUCCCGUCAGGACCAGCGUCGAGAGUAAUGUCGAAUGGUUGAACAAGGUCUUGGGUGAAAGCGAAGACAUCAGUGCACUUCGCCGAGUCGCCGAAAAGGCCGAGAAGCUCUACCUGAAAACCCGCAACUCCGCCUCAAGCCAGAGCGCGCGCCGGGCGAAAGAAGUCGUCCUAUCCAAAGGCUGGUCGCAGGUCCACCCUAUCUUCGGAGAUGAGUUGGGAGACGCCGAGGAUGCUCGUGCCGCGAUGCUGGCAACGAUCGGCGGCUUCAAGCCCCAGGAAACGAUCUUUGAGAUCAGUAGAGGAGCCAAGACGGGUCGAAGCAAAGCCGCGGAAGUCAUGAAAACAGUCCGAGAACGCUUUGGCCCUCGAAGAACAGGAAAGAAGACGGAAGAUCCCGAUCAGUCAAAAGGAGAAUCCCCCGCGGCAGAUGGUGAGGAUGGCUUCGGAGACGAGGAGAUUGAGCAGGUAGCUCAGGGGAGCGAUGUUGUUUCCGGCGCCGAAGAAGACGAGUCCGACUCUGACCUCGAAAUCACCAUCAGCAACAACAACAAGUCGAAGGGGCCAUCCGAUCCGUCAUCAUGGCAGGACUCGGAGGCGUACAUGGGAUACGAGCCGCGCACAGUGAACGCGGCCGAGGAACGCGGCUACGGCGUGCACGCCGGCAGCUCGCACGUCGGCGGCAACUUCGUCGAGGCCGCCCGCACCGCGACCAUGGACCUGACCAACGACGAGGGCGCCAAGUCGUUCGGCGUGCCCACCCGCUCCAAGCUGCGCUGGGACAAGAAGGACGCCAAGUACGUCUCGCGUGACAACGACGAGGACGGCAGCCGCGGCGCCGGCAAGGGCCCGAGGAUGGUGCGCGGCGAGAGCGGUGUCAAGAUCGCCGCCAGCUUCCAGAGCGGCCGCUUCGACCGCUGGAGGAAGGCCCAGCGCAUGGGCCGCAUGCCGCGCGUGGGCGAGGCCGAGAAGCGUGGAGGUGGAGGUGGAGGUGGUGCCGACGGCGAUGCACCCAAUGCCCCCGGCAGUGGCUAUGGCGCGGGAGGAGGCAAGCGGUACAAGCACAAGCAGGAGAAGGCGCCCAAGGAGGCCGACAAGUACCGCGACGACUACCACGUGCGCAAGAAGCGCGUAGCCGACGCCAGGGAGAACCGCGUCGGCCGGUUCAAGGACGGCGCCGGCGACAAGAAGGAGCUCAAGAACGCCGAGGAUAUCCGCAAGGCGAGGAAGCUCAAGGAGAAGCGCAAGGCCAAGAACGCGAGACCGGCGAGGCGGGGAUGA